AUGAUGUCUUCUAGGAAAGCCUCGGUAGUUACAGCUAGUUCUCUUUUGAGGUUCUGCAAUGGCUGUUAUAUGUCAAGGACUAUCUGCACUGCUGCUGAAAGGUGGGAUUCUCAGUUUUCGAGUGGUUUUAAAACGGAUGUAUCUUCGGGUUACCAGCAUAACCAAGCUGGGUUCUAUCAGCAAAAUACAAGUGGAUCUUAUCGGAAUAAUCAUGCUAGUUCAGAGCAAAGUUCUUAUGGAGCUGGUCGAACUGCAGGUAGAGGUCAGGUAAACAUCACUCGGAAUGUAGUUCCAAAUAAUUUGGCAGAGCAUAACGGAGGUGUCGAUGGGGACUUUGUUCAAAGCAACAUGAAAAUGCAACAUGACGUUGGGGUAGGUGUUGAUAAUUCAAGGGGUUUUAGGAUGCAUCCUAAUACUUUUGAGAAACAUAACUGGACAUCAGAAUCCGUAGAAAAGGUGGAGUAUUCCAAUGCAUGUAGUUUUCCUAGGCCUUUAGAGUAUCAGGGACAUCCAAAAGGGAACGUUACCCAAAACAUUGGUCAUUUUCAGCCGACACGAAAUGACUACUACACGAGUAAUGAAAGGGGUCAACAGAACGUUACCCAAAACAUUGGUCAUUUUCAGCAGACACCAAAUGACUACUACACAAGGAGUAAUCAAAUGGGUCAACAGUACUCCGCUUAUGGACAGUCUCAGCAGAGUGUAGGCGGCCAAUAUCCUCCAAAUUUGAAUUCAGCACAGAAAUCAACGGUUGGAUCUCAUCUAUCGAGUAAUCCAAAACCUGAUGGUGAGUCAGUUGAUGCAUCUAAUAAUAGUCCAUAUAGAGGUACACUUGAGGAACUGGAUAGUUUUUGCAUGGAGGGUAAAGUGAAGGAAGCAGUUGACGUUUUGCAAAUGUUGGAAAAGCUUCAUAUUCAUGUGGAUUUGCAUCGAUGUUUGCAAUUAAUGCACCAAUGUAGGAAGGCUAGGUCUCUUGAGGAGGCAAAAGUUGUACACAGACAUGCGUUGCAACAUUUGUCACCUCUCAACGUCAGCACAUGCAAUGAAAUAUUGGAGAUGUAUUUUGAAUGUGGUUCUGUAGAUGAUGCAGUCAAGGUGUUCAAGAACAUGACUGAGUGCGAUUUGACUACUUGGUAUACUAUGAUAAUGCAGCUUGCGAAGAAUGGGUUUGCAGAAGAUUCAAUUGAUAUAUUUACUCAAUUUAAAAGCUUGGGACUAAAACCUGAUGGCCAACUGUUUAUUGGAGUUUUUGGUGCGUGCAGUAUGCUUGGCGAUAUUAGUGAGGGAAUGCUGCACUUUGAAACCAUGAGUAGGGACUAUGGCAUUGUGCCAACUAUGGCACAUUAUGUCAGUUUAGUAGACAUGAUUGGUAGUAUUGGGCAUCUUGGUGAAGCAUUGGAGUUCAUUGAAAAGAUGCCAAUGGAACCAAGUGUAGAGGUAUGGGAGACUUUGAUGAAUUGUUGCCGAGUUCAUGGAAACACAGAAUUAGGGGAUCGUUGUGCUGAACUAGUCGAGAAGUUGGAUCCUUCUCGUUUGAAUGAGAAAUCAAAAGCUGGCCUUUUACUCGAAGAAACUUCAGACUCAAUAAAAAACAAAGAGCAGAACAAAUUAGCAAGCAAAAAUCUUCUAGAAGUUCGGAGCCGAAUCCAUGAAUAUCGAGCAGGCGAUACUUCCCAUCCAGAAAAUGACAAGAUCUAUGCUUUGCUUAGAGGUUUAAGGGUGCAAAUGAAAGAAGCUGGCUAUAUUGCAGAGACGAAAUAUGUGUUGCAUGACAUAGACCAGGAAGGCAAAGAAGAUGCUCUCCUUGCUCACAGUGAGAGACUUGCUGUUGCUUAUGGUCUCCUCAACAGUUCUGCUCGUUCUCCCAUUAGAGUAAUUAAAAACCUCCGUGUUUGUGGUGAUUGUCAUACUGCUCUAAAGAUUAUUUCUGAUCUUGUGGGAAGAGAACUCAUCAUCCGAGAUGCUAAAAGGUUCCACCAUUUUAAAAAUGGCCUAUGCUCCUGUCGGGAUUAUUGGUGA